CGCAGCGGCUCACAUGAUCAAAGCUGCUGAUCCGCACCGUGUCUCCCGAGCAGAACAGGACCGAAGCAGCAGGCUAUGGCGGGCCGAGGCAAACUGAUCGCGGUGAUCGGGGAUGAGGACACGGUGACGGGCUUCCUGCUCGGUGGGAUCGGGGAGCUGAACAAGAACCGGAAGCCGAACUUCUUGGUGGUGGAGAAGGACACGAGCAUCACGGAGAUCGAGGAGACGUUCAAGAGCUUCUUGGCGCGGAACGACAUCGCCAUCAUUCUGAUCAACCAGUUCAUAGCUGAGAUGAUCCGGCACGCCAUCGACGCCCACAUGCAGUCCAUCCCAGCAGUGCUGGAGAUCCCGUCCAAAGAGCAUCCGUACGAUGCGUCCAAGGACUCCAUCCUGCGCCGAGCCAAGGGCAUGUUCUCCGCUGAGGACUUCCGAUAAACGGCUGAAUAACGCGUUGAUCCGCUGGUUAUUUACACUGCGUGUCCUCUGAGAUGAGCCGCUGCUUUCCAGGAAGUGGAUGCUCAU